CCAUCAAAAACACCUUGUGUAAUGAAAACCCAGAUACACAGCCUCUCCCUAUAUAUUCCGUGUCUUGAGGAGGCCUCAGGCCCUCAGCGACGAGGAACCUGCGACCCAGGACCGAGGACUGGAGGACCAAAGAAGCAAAUGAUACCAAGACAAGCUCAUGACAGAGAUCUAAUCAUCAGAUGUGUGCAGAUAACAAUACAGUGAGAUGAGCCAGAAGGGGGCCAAGGAGGGCCCGCGCCUGUCCAAGAACCAGCGGCUGUCGGAGCACUUCACCAUCCGCUGCUGCCCGCCCUUCACCUUCCUCAACUCCAAGCGCGAGCUGGUGGACCGCAGGUACAGCCUGUGCCGCAGCGGCUGCUUCUACGAGCGCCAGGAGGAGGACUGGGUGUGCUGCGCCUGCCAGCGCACCAGGUUGAAAAGGAAGACCAAGCCUGCCCCAAAAAAGAAGUGACCGAGGAAGACAGUCCUGUGAGUGGAUGGCGUCAGCCCCUGGACUCACCUCUCCCCAACCCGCCCGGCUUCCUCCGGCGAGUUACCUGACUUCGAGUAUGACGCAGGGGCAGACACCGGCUGAUGCCCAUGGUCUCCACGGCCAGGGAGCCCCAGGGUUGUCUGACUGCAGCACUCUGAAGAUGUCAUCCCAUCGUUUUUCUCUAUCAUUGCCUCUGAGAAAUCUGCCGUCAACCUCCCUGUCCUUCCAUUGACUCAAGUUUCUUCAAUCUGAAGAUUUAUGCCUUUCUUCAGGACACACAAAAAAAGUUAAUGUUGCACAACCAUCAAAAUUGACAAAAAUAAAAACAAUUAUCAAGUGCUGGCAAGGAUGUGAGAAAAAUUCUCAUAAGCCACUGAAGAGAAGUUAUAAAUUAUUACAACACCUUUGGGGUGCAAUCUGGAGACACUAGCAAGGCAGAAUAUUAUAUAAUCUGUAAUCAAGCAAUUACAAUUUUAGAAAUUAGCUUAGACAAAAUGUAUAGAGAAAGGAAAUAUACAUAAAUAUGAUCAAUGAAUCAUUAUUUGAAACUGGAAGAGAGAGAGAGAGCUAACCAAAAUGUCUACCAACAGGACAGUAAGUGCAUCAGUUGUGGUAAAGUCACAGAAUUCUAAACAGCUGCUGAAAUCGAGGGAUUCCAUGUACUCAUAUCAAGUAGAUAAAUUUGGGAAAGAAAUGAGGAAUAUGAACAGCAAACAACAGACGGCAAGGGCCAAAUGAUAUACAAAUGUCAAUAACCCGUAGUACAAUAUUGCAUAUUGCCCAGUAAGCAGAAGACAUAAGAUCUCACACUUCCUCUCUACUGGAGUAGAAUAAAAAUGAUGAGAAAAUAAAAGGAUAUCCAAAAAUGUAUCACCUUGGAAAUAAAAAGAUUAUAGAAAUAAUUCCUGGUUUGAGGAAAUAACCCACACUAAAAACUACAUAGAAAUGGUUAACAAUAUUAGCCCAAAACGUAUUUAGAGAAAUCAGUGGGUAACUGAUGAAAGCCUGGGGUGUCCCCACAGUUAUACUACGAAAGUGUUUUGAGUCUAUCUUGGGCCUGGGCUUCUGACUGGCUUGUGGUGCUUUCUGACGUAGGGGAACAGGGAAGGAAUCGGAACAUAGCUCUACCCCCAAACUGUCCCUUAGUAGCAGGCAGGAAACAGAGGAAGACAAUAGAAUGUUGUAGAAUGCGGAGGGAUGUAAAACAGUAUCAGGGUGGAGGAAACUCAGGAAGAGGACAGAGAAGAGCAACAGGAGCAGUCUUGUUCUGGGAGCUGGUGUGCGCAAGUGCGGGCAAUGCCCGAAGCUCCAAAAGGCCACUGCUCUGUGUCCUCGCGUGAGCACAGCCAGACCUGGCCAGGCACAAAGCACGUGCAAGCUCUGGGGGCCAUGUCAGAGGAAGUCGUGUGCAAGGUACGGGGCUGGGAUGAGAGGAGAUUCCGGAGAGCAAGGGGCAAGAACGAUCAAUCGACUCAGAAGGCCAAGCUCUCAGAAAGAGGGAUCAGUCCUAGUACUGCCCCAGGGAGCAGGGGAUGAGGCCAGAGUGUCCCAGCUCCUUGGGGACACCAAGGCCCUGUGGAGGGGCCAAUAUGAAGUCAGGGGAAUUUGACUGUUACAGAACCUUCAGCUAGAAAUGUUCCUCUUACCUAAAUUCAGGUGCUAAAUGAACAACAAAGGACGACCCACUACAAACAGUUUCCAGUGGGAGGUAGUUGAGGCCGUUACAUCCCUAAGAACACCACCGGGCAGAGUGGGGAUGGGGUGGGAAGACAUGGCAGAACCCUGGUGCAGAGGCAAAUUCCUGGCCCGGCCCCACCCAGACCAGAAAGGAAGCUGUCGUCCUUUCAGCCUCUUUCAGUUUUGGCCACGCCAGGCCACAUACUCAGAGUUUGCAGGGCUCUGCCUUUUAGGUCAUCCAGAAGAUCCACACUCAUCACAGAAUGGGUGGGAGGGGAAGUGUGGUGUGUAUUAACUCAUACAAAAGUUGGCUAUGAGCCCAGUAAUGUUAAUAACCAGAAAUUACUGAAUUCUCUGUUUGUCUGUUAUGGAAAUAAAAACCUUCAGGGGAUGGAUCAAA